CCUACGGAUAUAAAAAUGGAAGCAGCCCCUCAUACACCCAGAGUCGUUUUCUUCCUCUCAUUCUCUUUUUCGAGCGUCUCCUUUUUCUUUCCUUCUCUCCCACCUCCUAUUCUCACUCUUCUUCCAGCCUUCUCUCCUUCUUUCUCUUGAGAGAAGAAAGAGUUCGAACACCUUCCCAUUUCUCCACAAACACUGAGAAUCGAUUCCCAGCAAGCAUGAAUUCUUCGAUCGCUUCUAGUGGAAGAAGAUCUCGAUGCCACCGCGGAAUCACCCCAAGGUCUAUGGAAAUAAUGUGGAGAUUCAGGCUUUUGCUGAGAUGUAUGAUCGUCCCAUUCAUGUCUAUUCCUAUAGCACAGAGCCUAUUAACAUUUUUCAAGGAAGCUAUAACACAUAUAUGCCUCCCAUUCUGUUAAGUUACCAUCAUGGCAAUCAUUACAAUUCACUUGUUGACCCUCGCCGAUUAACAGUUGGUGCAGGCCUUGGAUUUAGCUGUCUUCGUGGGGCAAACAUUGAUAAGGACCAGGUGAAAGCUGCCAUCAAAGCCCAGCAAGACCAGCAGCUUGAUAAUGCACUUCUAGCUGAGGGUCGUUUUUACUCUGAUCAUGGAAGCUUCACGGGCUGAAUAUCUAGCUGAGGAGAGGAUGAAACAGCAACUUGCGUACAGAGAAUCUUCUACAUCAGGAGCGGAACCAUCAUCUUCUGGAGCAAGUAUGUUCUUUUUGAGCCACCUCUUUUACUGAGAUUUGCAAUUGUUUUCAGAUGCUACAUUUGUCGAUCUCUUUGUGAUGGUUGAACUAACAUGCAUUUGGUUGAGCAGCAACAGGGACGGGGUCAUCCCAGGCAACACUAGAAGGUGGAAGUGAAAAAAGAAUUGCCUUCGAUAAUGAUAAUGUUUCAGUAAACAGAACAAGUCCAAUAAAUGCUGACCUCGACGCAUGCUUAUGAUGUUUCUCUGUCUGGUUUUAAAUGAAGAUCAUAAUGUAUCCACAAAUAGAGGGAUCAGCGUGCAACUUAAAUGGUUUGAGAAUUUGAGUUUCAGCCUUGGCUUUGAUUUGUCUUUUCUAUAAAACAAAGCUAGCUAAAGAACGAGUUGGGUCUCGGAAAGAUCUUCUAGGGGGGCAAAAAUAGUGCAGAGUGAAGUCGGUUGGUCCUUAUUGCAAGCCUCAUCGUGGUUCUGUGAACAAAUCUUCUGUUGAUCGGGUAAAACUUUCUGGUGUGCGAGCAAAGCUCUGUUGUUGUGUUGGAUCAGUUCUCAAAGUUGUUCUCGGUAGCAGCUAAAGUUAGAGCACCCGAGCAGCUCAGCUAUCUUGCUUUCUGGAUCACGAGGACGUUGGGAUGCUGUUCAGAUGGUCCCCUAAAUCACUGUAUAAGAGGGUAACCAUUCUCCUCAGACGGUUCUUCGCAUGGCCAUGUGAUGUCAGGCCCAGUUACCAGGAUGGAUAAAAAUCUCUCCUUUGGAUAUGUUGAUGUCUUUUGCAUGUUUUUAGAAACGUUGUUGAUUAAUUGUUCUGAUUGCCCUUUAAGCAUUUGCUUCU